UUCCUCUCGUGUCGUGCUAUAAAAUAUCUCUCAGCUCCCCUCCUUUUUAACACGGCUUUCACUUUGUUUCUCUUUCACUGUUUUUUUUUUCUUUCGGAAAAUAAAUGGCAAGGUUAGGAGUGUGGAUAGUGUGGGUAAUGGGGUUAACGGUGAUAGCCAGUAGCCGGGAAGUGAAGGAAGAGGAGUGGUACGGGAAGAAAGAGGAAGACGUGGUGACCGGAUUACCAGGUCAACCGGCGGUGGAGUUCAGGCACUACGCCGGCUACGUCAAUCUCCGGCCACUGCAAGCCCACAAGGCUCUGUUCUAUUGGUUCUUCGAGGCUCAGUCCAACAGCUCGCACCGCCCUCUCGUCCUCUGGCUCAAUGGAGGACCCGGUUGCUCGUCCAUAGCAUAUGGAGCUGCUCAAGAACUCGGCCCCUUUCUUGUUCAUAGCAACGGCGACAAGCUUACUCUUAAUAAAUACUCUUGGAACAAAGCUGCAAAUAUGUUGUUCUUGGAAGCACCCGUGGGGGUGGGGUUCUCAUACACCAACCAUACCAUGGACCUUCGCAAACUUGGCGAUCAAGUAACCGCGGAGGACUCUCUUUCUUUCUUGAUCAAUUGGUUCAAAAGAUUCCCUGAAUUCAGAUCCAACGAAUUCUACAUCGCCGGAGAGAGUUAUGCCGGUCACUAUGUUCCUCAACUCGCGGAGCUCAUCUACGACAGGAACAAGGGAGUUGCUAAAGACAGCUACAUCAAUCUCAAAGGUUUCAUGAUUGGGAACGCAGUGAUCAACGAGGCGACGGACAUGGCAGGUCUCGUGGACUAUGCAUGGAGCCAUGCGAUAAUAUCAGACAAUCUUUACGUAAACAUACACAAUUCAUGCAAAUUCGAUGAAGAAAGCAUCGACGACGUGCAAUGCUGGGAUAAUUUCAAAGGGUUCAUGCAAGCGUAUGCCGAUAUCGACAUCUACAGCAUCUAUGCUCCCGUCUGCCUCUCUUCUUUCAGCUCAUCUCGUCCAAGAUUCGCCAUGUCUCCCAGUCUCCUCGCUUCACACGAUCUGUCCCAUAGGCUCCCUACAGGGUACGAUCCAUGCACGGAGGACUACGUGGAGAAGUAUUUCAACCGGAAAGACGUGCAAGCCGCUCUUCACGCUAAUGUCACUAGUCUCCCUUAUCCUUAUUCCUCUUGCAGCGGCGUUAUAAAGGGAUGGGGCGAUGCACCAUCAACUGUGAUUCCCAUUAUCAGGAAGCUCCUUAACGCUGGUCUCCGGAUUUGGAUCUACAGCGGCGACACGGACGGGAGAGUGCCGGUGACGUCGACUCGUUACAGCAUAAAGAAGAUGGGGCUGAAGGUGGAAUCGGAGUGGAGGGCGUGGUUCCACAAGAACCAAGUGGCCGGUUGGGUCGAGACGUACGUCGGAGGACUGACCUUCGCGACCGUGAGAGGGGCCGGCCACCAGGUCCCGUUGUUUGCUCCGCCACCUUCUCUCUCCCUAUUCUCUCACUUCCUCUCUUCCCUCUCUUUGCCCUCUUCACGCUUCUGAUCAUCAUCAUCAUCAUCAUCAUCAUCAUCAUCAUCAUCAUCAUCAUCAUCAUCAUCAUCACUGUCAUCACUUGAUGUUGCACAAUUGUUGGCUUGGACUUGAAAUUUUCAAUUUUUUGAGUUGCCCAUUUCGUAGUUUCGUAUUGGCUGUGUUGUGUGGUCGUAACGUUGGUUUUUGCAAUUCGGAUGUUGGUGGAAUUAUCUAUAAUGAUAUUAUUUCUCUUGAAAAUAUAA